AUGAUUCCAACGUUCGUCCUUGCUCGGCAGGUCACCAAGUUUCUGAACAAAUGGGUGGUGAAGAGCGAAUCUGCAGGAUAUUCCUCUUUCGUGAAUGAUGCCAUCAAGCAGGUGUACGAGGCAAUUGUCGCGAUGGACAUGGACCUCACCGAAACUUUCAAAAUGUUUGAUAAAGAUGGGGAUGGGACUGUCGACAUCAAGGAGGCGAAGCAGGUUCUAGAGAAGUUCAACCUCGGCCUGUCGUCAUCCCAGAUAGAUCGACUUCUUGGCCAGCUCUUUGCUACCUCGGUGGUUGCCGCUGACUCUGUGCGACUUUCCGUCCAGGAGUUCCUGGGGCACUUCACCACGGUCUACUCUGCGACAAACAAUGCAGACCUGCCGCGAUGGUGUCUCGAUACGCUGGGGCAAAUCGGCCGGCUGAUCAUCAAGACGAAGGCACCUGGUGCAGGAGAUGGCGAGUCUGGAGAUGCUACCAAGAUGUCCCAAGUCUUCCAAGAGAUCGACACGUCUGGUGAUGGAAUUCUGCAGCUGGACGAGUUUGUUGCUGGCAUCGAGAAGUUGCCGGGAUUGGACAAGUUAAUUGUGGAUGGGGAGCGCCUUUCGCACGAGAAGCUUGUGGACAUUUCGAAGGUCUUGGACGUGACGCAAGACGGCACUCUAAACUAUCUGGAGUUUCAGCAGGCUUUCCAACUGAAAGGUCAAGGCACGGCAGACUUGGAGAACAGCUUGGUGGAGGACCUCACUACGUUGCUCUUCCGUUAUCGAGUUCACAUCCGGACGGGCUGCCAGUUUCUCGAUGAGGUAGACAGUUGCAAGGUCUUGAGCGAGGAUUUCGAGAAUGUGCUUCGGGGCGUGAACAGUGCCCUGCAUUCGAACGAACAAGGCAUUUCAGAAUCUCAAAUCAAGCACCUGUCUUCUGCGCUGACUGUGGAGGACAUGCAGCCAGUGUUGUUGUAG